UGAGUCACAGCUGGGAGGCCUCACAGCUUCCCCCUCCCCGGCGGCAGGUCCCGGCAGGCGCACACCCCAUUGCUCCUCCCCGCUUCAAAAGGAAGGAAAGGGCAAGCCCUGGCCCUCCGCGAGCGGGUGUGAGCGCAGCCAAGGUGCUCAAGCCCUCAACCCUCUGAAAGCCCUUUGUGCUGGUGCUCCACAGAGGACGGACCCACUCAGCGCAGCAGUGAGCGAUCCCUCCCCGCGCCGCUGGGAUGGAGAGUCGGCAGCACAGCGCCACCGAAGAGCCUGAGAUCGAGCUGUUCGUGAAGGCUGGUCUGGAUGGAGAGAACAUCGGGAACUGCCCCUUCUGCCAGCGCCUCUUCAUGGUGCUGUGGCUGAAAGGGGUCAAGUUCAACGUCACCACAGUGGACAUGACCAGGAAACCUGAGGAGUUGAAGGACUUAGCACCGGGCACCAACCCACCCUUCUUGCUGUUCAACAAGGAGCUGAAAACAGACUUCAUCAAGAUUGAGGAGUUCCUGGAGCAGACCCUGGGCCCACCCACGUAUCCGCGCCUCACCCCCAAGUACAAGGAGUCCUUCGAUGUGGGGAGUGACAUCUUUGCCAAGUUCUCAGCGUACGUCAAGAACCCACGCAAGGAAGCGAAUAUCAGCUUUGAGAAGGCCCUGCUGCGGGAGUUCCAGCGCCUGGACGUUUACCUGAACACGCCUCUCCCUGACGAGAUCGACCAGGACAGUGUGGAGGAUGUCACCGUCUCCAAGAGGAGGUUUCUGGAUGGAGACCAUCUGACGCUGGCUGACUGCAACCUCCUGCCCAAACUGCACAUCAUCAAGACUGCAGCCAAAAAGUACCGCGACUUUGAGAUCCCGGCAGACAUGACGGGCGUGUGGCGGUACCUCACCAACGCCUACGCCUGCGACGAGUUCAGCCACACGUGUCCUGCGGAUGAGGAGAUCGAGCACACCUAUGCCAGCGUGGCCAGGAAGAUGACCUAACCCGCAGGGGACACCCCCCCCCCCAGACCGGAGGGGCUCACAGCACUGCUGCCCCCUGCCCUUCCGAAUAGUGCCUUGCUUCACACCGCUCCUCCUUCCGCUCCUCGGGCAAGGACCCAUCCCUGCGUGGUCCCACUGCAGCCGCAUCCCUGCUCCCCGAAACUGGCCUCGUGGCCUGUGCCUGUGUGUCAUGGGCAACGGGGAGCGCUCGCCUGCCUCAGCAGCACUGUGCGGAACAGCAGCUGAGAGAUCCCCCCUCCAUGGCUCGGCCAGCUCUGCCUCCCCAGCCGCUGCUGCAGCUGCUUUGCCAGCCCUGCGCAGUCCCAGCCGUGCCAUAGGCUCAGGAAGAGGUGUCCCAGGGUCCCAGCACACCUCCUGGGCUGGAGCUGUUGGAGUCACCCUUCUGCACAGCACCCCACAGCCUGCGUUUGGGCAAGCCCGUUUUUCCACCACAGCAUCCAGACUCCAUGUGAAGAACCGAAAGGCUCCAUCCCCAGUAGUUUGUUGCAGUGACACAUUGUUCUCACUGCUCAGGUGUAGUAACAUGCAUCCUACUGCCCAUUAGGACAUGAAGGCAGGUGGGUGGCUCUUGGUGUGAGAGUGCCAGGACCUGUUGUGGAAGGGAAGGGGGGUGCAGAGGCAUGUAAAGGCCUGAGGAUGGAGGGCUGAGGAUCAGGGCAUCCCUUCCCUGUGUACCAGAACCCAGAGCCAUGUGCUGCUUGCUGCAAGGUCCCAUGUGGCUCCUGCAAGCUAAGAAACCUCUCCCUGUCUUGCAAGAUGCUGCAGGAGAUACAGCCGCGUGCACCUCAGUCCUCACCAGCACGUCAGGUGCCUGACUGGCUGAUG